AAAAUAUUAUUAUGUAGAUAGCUUGGGGGUAUUUUGUAUAAUUGCAUGGAAUGGGAAUUGAAUUUUCCCUGAGGACUAUACAGAAUACACAUGAUAUGAUGAAAAUAUUACAAGUAUUUCACUGUGUUAGAAAUUGUUUCUUUUCUGUUACAAGUUUUAAGUUUUUACAUAGAAGUAUUUCAACCAGCUUUGAUACAAUAUCUGAGCAUUGCUGGUUCAAAGGUCUUUGGAAACUUUUCCCUUUACAAACAAAAGGUAUUAAUUAAUGGUGUGCUGUAUGGUAUUGUAUGUGUUAAUUGCCUCUGGAUAAUGGCAUGUAUGUAGAUGUAACAUGUAUCGUGCAUGCAAUAUAUGAGCAAAAAUUAUCAUUAUUACUAUUUAUUAGCCAAAAAUACUGUCUGUGAAACACAUUGCUUGGUGACGAAAAGUUAAAUUCAUCAUUGACAUGUUUCUGAUUGCUGUGGCAUUGAGUUAAAGCAAAUAUUAAGCAAUGGAUACAACAGAAAGCUAAAAUACAUCCUAAAAUUUAAAUAGUAAGAUCAUGGAAAAAAGCAACAGAAUUAUAUAUGAAUGAUAUACUUAACUAGUACUUUGAAUCCAUGUCAUUGAAAGAAGUACAUGAAGUAGGUUACACUGUAUCUGGCACCACUAUCAAAAAAGUAAAUAGAUAAAAAGUAGGGAAAAAAGUGUCAAAUUUUGUCUGCUUGAUGUUUAUGUUGUAAUUAUACAUAUUGGUGUUAUGCGGGUGAUCAGGCAUACUACAUGGGAGAAGGCAAGGCUUACAGCUUACGCCAGGGGUUAUGAACACAAUAUAUGUUGGUAUAAUCAGAUAUACUAUAUACUGUGAUGUCAGCAACCCUGUAAUGCUUUGCAAGCCACUCUGCAGGGGUUUCCGUUAUUUUCUUCACAGUUCUCUGCCUCCCACUUUCUCAGUGUAUAUUCACACUGAAAAAAAUUGAGCCGGUGCUAGAGCAAUAUUAUUGAUAUCAUAGCAAUAUGACAGUUGCCCUUGCAGCAGUGCUCCACCUUGUUGAAUAGAGGGGUUCACUCUGUUCACUGGGACAGGCAAACACUGAACUGGCAGUAUUCCAGUUUCCAUUUUGUAUCAAACAUUAAAACUUGCUUUGAUCUGGAGGGAUUUUUUCCAUGUGAAUGCAACCUAGGUUAGCAUUGUGAGUGGAGCAGCCAGCAAACCUCUGAACAGAUAAGUGAUGCUUAGUAUGCUAAUGAAAAAUCAAUGCUCGGGAGAAACUGCUAUAGAAACAGACUAAUAUGAACAUGCAGGAGAAUAUGUGUCUUCUUAAGUAGGGCCUGCUUGCCUGCUCUACCAUAUGGAGCGUGACACAUUAGAUCGGUAAAGAGUGAGGGAAUUUGCUUGAUACUCGUGAAGGCCUCAUCAGUGAGGAGUUUCAUUAAGAUGGCUGGUGUCAAUAACUCCAGUACAACAGUCCAUGGCUCUGAUGUCACUGCCACAAUCUUUACUGCAGCUAGUACAAUGUUAACAGAGAACACGGGAUCCCAGAGUCCACAGAAUACAACCCCCAUCAUCAAUGUGACCACCCACCAGCCACCUAUAUUCCUACAGUCUGCUGCAGCACAGGGCAUUUCUGGAGCACUGGCAUUUGCUGCACUGUUUAUUACAGUGCACCAGAUCUAUCUGUAUUUGAGAUAUUACAAUGUCCCCAAUGAGCAGCGUUGGAUUGUGCGAAUCCUGUUCAUUGUCCCCAUCUACUCCUUUGACUCCUGGCUAAGUCUCAUGUUCUUCAGCAAUGACAGCUAUUAUGUUUAUUUUGACAGUGUGAGGGACUGUUAUGAAGCAUUUGUCAUCUACAAUUUCCUGAGUCUGUGUUAUGAAUACCUUGGUGGAGAGGGUGCAAUAAUGACAGAGAUUAGAGGAAAACCAAUAAGGGCCAGUUGGUUUUGGUGCACGUGCUGCUUAGCUGGCAAGACGUACACCAUCGGAUUUUUGAGAUUUUGUAAACAGGCUACCCUUCAGUUCUGCAUUGUCAAGCCAGUGAUGGCUAUUAUAACCCUCAUCCUGCAGCCAUUUGACUAUUACAAAGACGGCAAUUUCUCCCCAGAGAGUGGUUAUCUGUACAUUACCAUAGUCUACAAUAUAUCAGUGAGUCUGGCCCUGUAUGCCCUGUUCCUGUUCUACCAGGCCACCAAGGAACUGCUUAGCCCAUAUGAUCCAGUGCUGAAGUUCUGUGUUGUCAAGUCAGUCAUUUUCUUGUCAUUCUGGCAAGGAGUGGUCCUUGCCAUCUUAGAGAAGGCAGGUGCUAUAAGCCCCAUUUAUUCAGACAACGGAGUCCAAGUAGCAGGCCAAGGAACAGUGGCAGCUGGAUACCAGAACUUUUUUAUCUGUAUCGAAAUGUUUGUGGCUGCCAUUGCACUGAGAUUUGCAUUCCCACACAGCAUUUACAUGGACCAGCCGGCGACAGGCCACGGGCGCACGGUGUCCCUUCAGAGUAUUUCCAGCAACCUGAAAGAAACCAUGAACCCCAAGGAUAUCAUGCAGGACGCAGUGCACAACUUCCACCCGCAGUACCAGCAGUACACUCAGCAUGAUACCAAGAUGUCCAAGGAAGAGGAAAGGAUCGAGGCUGAAAGGGACAGGAGAUACCAACAAAAUGGUGAAAUUCAACGGCAUCAGCAAUUGCAGCAGCAGCAGCAACAGCAACAUCAUCGCCCACAAGGUACACCUGCAAAAAUGAGGUACAAUGAAAAGACUACACUUCUGAGUUCUGAUGACGAGUUUCAGUAAAACUUACAUGUCUUACAUUGAGGAGGAAAUCUCAAUUUAGGCACUGACUUAGAAAAACCAAAAUCAAGCUUACUAUAAAGAAUCUGCUAGAUAACAAGUUGAUUGAUAAGGUUUUCAUAGGAAAAUUGAAUAGAAAUAUCCUCGUCUUGAUUGAAUAGACCAUAUUAUUCACGGGCAAUUUUGUUUAAGUUGAUAGUUUAUCUGUAAUUUCUUAUGGUAGUUUCUUUUCUGAAGAUAGGAUUAAAUUACUUAAACUUUGCAAGGUACUGCAUCUACAGAUAACCAAUUGCUGUUGGUAUUAAUACUUUUUUAUUUAGUCAGAAUAGUACUUUGGAGCUGCAAUAUUCAGAGAAUAUUGUGAAUGCAAGUGUAUCAGUGCAUCAAUCUGUCAAUUUAUAGUACCAGCAUAGACGUCCAAUCCCAAGGACUAAGCCCAAGCAAAAUGUGAGGCCCUUGGUUCAAGGACUUAUUCCUAUCUAUCCACUAUGCUUGAUUGGUUUAACUGGACUCCUGUGUCUUAUUUUAUACUAAAGCAUCGUACAAUCUAGUCUCCUUGAUAGAUAUUGUAAUGGACAUAAGGUUUUCACUGAGGAACACAUGGUAAUGUGUUUGUACAUUUAACUGUAGCACUUCUAUAUAUAAGCAUUAUCCUUGUAACUUAAUCAGUCAAGAAAAUGAGUUUCUUGUCUGUGUCUGUUUACUUUGGUGAGGAUGGAAAGAUUUGAACACCAGCAUGAUUGCAGUAUUUUAUAAAGACGAGAUAUUAUAUUUGAUUGGGUUCUUGAAGGUACACUUCUUAGGCGAUGUGAAACCUGAAAUGGCAAACUGUUUAAUAGCACAGUGUUGUGACCUUUAGAGAGUUCAGUGUGAUUGAUAGAUUGUUUCCUUUAGAAAAGACAGAAUUAAUAAGAGAACUUUCUAUAAUCUGAUUUUAGCUGUUUCUAACAGUAUAUAUCAAAUCAGUUUGUAAAAAAAAACCUGAUGUGAUAAUAUUUAUUUGCUGUAAUAUUUUGGAUGUUGUCAUUGUUAUUUGCUUUGUUUCAACAUGGUGCCAUUUAUUGUAAGAAAAGAUUAUUUAUUGAUAUGACACAUAACAGUUUCAUACUUUUUUUUUUUUUUUU